CAUUUCCCACCACAAUCAAAACCAAAACCCUAAAAUUUCAAUUUAGAGAUUUCAAAGCUUUUCAGAGAGAGAAAAUGUCAGGAAGAGGAAAGGGAGGAAAGGGUUUGGGAAAGGGAGGAGCCAAGAGGCACAGGAAGGUUCUCAGGGAUAAUAUCCAGGGUAUUACCAAGCCUGCUAUUCGUCGUCUUGCUCGUCGUGGUGGUGUUAAGAGGAUCAGUGGUUUGAUCUAUGAAGAAACUCGCGGUGUUCUCAAGAUCUUUCUAGAGAAUGUGAUUAGAGAUGCUGUUACCUACACUGAGCACGCUCGCCGGAAGACGGUGACCGCCAUGGAUGUUGUGUAUGCGCUCAAGAGGCAAGGCCGUACUCUAUAUGGUUUCGGUGGUGGGAUGGAUUUUGAAGAGCUUGAAGAGCUUUACAACCUGGAACAAAGUCAAGGCUUUGAGGAAGGCUUUGAGUUUAUUGAGGUGACAUUUUAUUCUGAAUCUGAAAGUGAUGAUGAAACUGAAUUAGAAAAUUAUGUAGAAAUUAACGCAAAUCCAGUUACAGUAGUUAUAGAAUUCGAUGAAAGAGAGAAAAUGUCAGGAAGAGGGAAGGGAGGAAAGGGGUUGGGAAAGGGAGGAGCCAAGAGGCACAGGAAGGUUCUCAGGGAUAAUAUCCAGGGUAUUACCAAGCCUGCUAUUCGUCGUCUUGCUCGUCGUGGUGGUGUUAAGAGGAUCAGUGGUUUGAUCUAUGAAGAAACUCGCGGUGUUCUCAAGAUCUUUCUAGAGAAUGUGAUUAGAGAUGCUGUUACCUACACUGAGCACGCUCGCCGUAAGACGGUGACCGCCAUGGAUGUUGUCUAUGCGCUCAAGAGGCAAGGCCGUACUCUAUAUGGUUUCGGUGGUUAGGGUUUGUUUUUAGGGUUUCUGUUUAGAUCUAAUUGUAGUUUGAAUAUGCUUUUAAUUAUUGUUUGAUGUAAUUGCGAAUUUGAAUCGAAUGUGAAAUAUAUGGGGUUUAUUCAUGCUA